AUGCGGAUUCAUCUUCUUCUGGCAGGACUUUUCCUGCUCAUGGCAGUUGCCAUAGCUAGUACGCCACCAAUCGAGAUCAAAGCAAAGGACUAUAAUGCCGGUGGUGCCAAAGGCACCGGUCAGUCAAGCGAUACUCACUACACUGAUCCUCUGGCGGAUGUUUCUCACUGUGAACGUGACAUCCCAUACCUCCAGCAACUGCGGACCAACGUCAUCCGGAUCUACGCUGUCGACCCUACCAUAAACCAUGACGCUUGUAUGCGGAAACUGGCCGAUGCAGGAAUUUACGUGAUCGCCGAUCUCUCUUCUCCUCAGUUGUCGAUUGUCUCCAACUCGCCAACUUGGACUGUUGCGCAAUACGAUCGAUAUAUUGCUGUGGUUGACGCACUGCACCAGUAUGACAAUGUGAUUGGAUUCUUUGCCGGGAAUGAGGUUGUGAACAAAGUCAACGAGACAAUUGGUACAGCAUUUGUCAAAGCGGCAGUGCGAGACAUGAAAGCAUACAUCAAAGCGAAGGGAUACAGAAAGUCCCUGGGAUUUGGUUAUGCAACUACCGACCAACCAGAUUUUCGCAACGAGCUGUCAGACUAUCUCGACUGUGGAGAUGAGUCUACCGCCAUCGACUUCUUCGGUUACAACAUGUACGAGUGGUGUGGAGACAACACAUUUCAGGGCUCUGGUUACCAAAACCUCACAGAGCAGUACAAGGACUACCCUGUCCCAAUCUUCUUCUCCGAGUAUGGAUGCAACACGGUCAGGCCUCGCAAGUUUGGUGACAUAUCCGCGAUCUUUGGACCAGACAUGGAGAAUAUCUGGAGUGGCGGCAUUGUCUACAUGUACUUCGAAAGUACGAAUAACUACGGGCUUGUCUCUGUUGAUGGAAACUCUGUGAGCACUCAGCCAGACUUCAGCUAUUACUCAAAGGCAAUUCAGACUGCAACUCCCAGCGGUAUCAUCAGUGGCAGUUACACUCCGACAAACUCUCCACACCCCUGUCCCACCGUCAAUGACAUGUGGUUGGCAAAGUCCAGCCCCCUGCCACCAUCUCCGAACAAAGACCUGUGUUCAUGCAUGGUGGAUGGCCUCUCGUGUGUAGUCAGUCAAUCGCUACAUGCAGACCAAUAUGGCGAUUUAUUCGGUACCGUUUGUGGAAGCGAUAAGAGCGCCUGCAGUGGAAUUUCCGAGAAUGCAACAACGGGGCAGUACGGUGCCUACAGCUUCUGUGCCAGCAAGGACCAACUCUCCUACGUCUUCGAUCGCUACUACCAAGAUCAGAAGAAGGACCAGUCGGCGUGCAACUUCAAGGGAGCAGCGUCAAUCCAGUCCGCCAAGGAUCCUUCCGGAAGUUGCAAGGCACUUGCCAGCCAGGCUGGCACGCCUGGAACGAGUCAGGCCACAGGUGGAAGACCUUCUGCAUCCAAAGGAGCAGGUGUUAACCUGGUCGGCUCAGAUGGAAUUUUCAGUGCAGAGUACUUCAUAAUCGUCUUAGUAGCGUCCGUGAUAGCUCACUUUGUCGUUGACCUUCUCUUUCCGCGGGACUUGUGGCUGCUCGCUCUUACUGAACGCAUUCUUCGCAAUUGGGCUCGGCACUGA